AUGGGCAGAGGGAUGACCCACAAUCAACUUAGGCAAUCUGGAUACUGGGUGAUCGGAGGAUCUUCAGCGGUAUCGAAUGUCAUCUCCAGAUGCGUCACCUGCCGAAAGCUCAGAGGAAGUCUGCAACAACAAAAGAUGGCAGAAUUGCCGAAAGAUCGACUUGACCCAGUUCCUCCAUUCACAUAUUGUGGUGUGGAUUAUUUCGGUCCUUUCACCAUUCGAGAACGGAGAAGUGACCUGAAGAGAUAUGGUGUUAUAUUUACAUGUAUGUCGUCAAGAGCAGUGCAUCUAGAGUCUGCCAAUAGCCUGAGUAGCAGUUGUUUCAUUAACUGUCUGAGACGUUUCUUAAGUCGCAGAGGCCCUGUUCGACAAAUUCGCUCUAAUCAAGGCACAACAUUCAUUGGCGCAAGAAAUGAACUUCGUGGGGCCUUUCAAGAGAUGAACCAAGAUAGAGUCCAGGAGUACCUAGGUGUAAAUGGAGUUGAUUGGAUUCCAUUUAAGCUAAAUACGCCACAUUCAUCACACAUGGGAGGAGUAUGGGAACGCCAGAUCUCUACUGUGCGAAGGGCCUUGGAACCACUGCUGAUGUCUAGUGGAAACCAACUGGAUGAUGAGUCUUUUAGGACGUUCCUGACUGAAGUAGAAUCUAUUGUAAACAGUAGACCUCUCACUACUUCAAAUCUCUGCUCCUCUGACGCUCCUGAACCAUUAACUCCAAAUCACCUCCUUACAAUGAAGCCUAAAGUCAUAUUACCUCCUCCUGGAAAAUUCCAACGAGCGGACUCUUACUCUCGAAGAUGGUGGCGUCGAGUUCAAUAUCUAUCCAACGAGUUUUGGCUGAGAUGGAGAAAGGAGUUCCUUCCAACGCUCCAAACCAGAGAGAAAUGGGUCAAACCACGUAAAAAUGUUGAAGUAGGCGAUAUCGUCAUCCUGAAGGAAGGUGAUGAUAACCGAUGCAAUUGGCCGUUAGGACGGGUAGUCGAGACUAUUCCAAGCAAUGAUGGCUGCAUCCGGAAGGUUAAGCUCCUCAUGGCAGAUGGCACGCUAGAUAACAACGGGAAACGACUCGGAAAACCAACUCAUCUAGAAAGACCAAUUCAUAAGCUGGUAGUCCUCGUGCAUGCAAAAGAAUCAACCACAGAUGACUCGAAAGAGAAGUAG